AUGGAGUCCUCUAAUCUCCUCCCUCACCUUCAGCAACUCACAAUUCGAAACAAAGAUGGCCCCUCCAAGCCGGGUCCGCAGAGCCACUCUACCCCAACACAACGCCUUCACGUCGGCAUUGAUUUUGGGACGACCACCUCGUCGAUCUGCUAUGACGAGGUCGCCGGUAUCACGUCAUUGUCAGAGCGUGCCCUGGCCCAGAACGUGAUCUGUGAGCCAAGUGACGUCUCAAGUCAUCGAAUUCCAUCCGUCGCUUUCGUCUAUGGGGACAUCACCAGUAAUGGAAACACGUACCUGGUGCUCAAGCUAGGAGAAUUUCCCGGUGAUAGCCUUUCCAGUCGUCUCCUUACCAAGAUUGAGCUGAUGAAGAUGGCACUACUACCUACAUAUCACGAGACCCCCAGGGACCCGCUCUCAGCUAGCAUGCUCCAGUCACUCAAGGCCCAACACGAAGAUGCCAUACGGAAGAUCCAGUUCGAGACGAUGUCCAAUCAGAUGUACACUCAAGAUCCGUUGACAGGCCAGUUCGAACCUUGCACUGUGAAUUCGAUGCACGACUUGAUCACGUUGUUCUUCAACUUCCUUUGGCGUCUCACGAUGAAACACUGCGCCACAACCCAUAACAUGACCGUCGAAAAUGUGGUGAAUCUAUUUCAAGCCAAUGUCCAUGUCGCAGUUUCUGCCCCAGCACUUGUACAAGAGGACUAUGAGCGGGCAGACCGACUCCACGACUCUAUGCUGAACACUUACUGUCUGCUUUUGGCUCGUGCUGGGUACCCACGGAGCACCUCGCUCCUUUUCGAGGCGAAGUCUGCCGCGUUGUUUCACAUCAUUACCAACAUACAACGAACUCACACCAGCAUGACACAGACGCAGCAACUCCACGCCACGACCGUGGUUGACAUCGGUGGUGGCACAACUGAUAUCUGCUGCCUGCGCCCUGACAACAUUGAUGACGCUACUGUCAUGUUUGGAGACAACUUCGGCGCUAGCACUAUGGACGGGUCACUGAAGAUCAACGAAGUGUUCAAGGAACUUCUACGGACGCAACUUCCAGGGAGCGUGCUUCAGCUUGCGCCUGAAUUCAACGGAAGUGAGUCUGACUUCUUGGAAGCUUUAGCAACACAGUUCGAACGCGAGAAGAGAACGGCCGACAGUCAUGCGCGACGUUGUGAACUUCGGGUCCCAUGCAGACGCAAACCACUCUUGUACGCGGACUUCUUCGUCAAUGGUCACUUCUUUUUAAACCCAGGGACGAUGCAGAAAAUAUUCGACAACUGGCUUCAGAACAUCUUCCACCAGGUGGAAAAGGAAAUGCGGGACCAUGGCCUUUUUCAGCCUUCUGCUUCGAUUGGUCUCACCGGUUGGGGAAGUCGUCCGCCUUACAUCCUGGCAGCUUUCGAGCGUCGCUAUCACGAAAAGGGAAUCAAUGUGUAUAUGGUGGGAGACUUCAUCAACCAUCCGGCCGUUGCCCAAGGCAAUUUCCUAGCCCUUACGGCUCAGAGGGGCGCCUUGAGGAGAGUUGCUCGCACUACAUUUGUUACUCACGAUGAUCUCACAAGUUGCUUUGGCCGCACACAUGUUAGAAAUACCACAAACCUGAUCGAUAAGGACGACAAUUUGAACGACCCGGCCAAGGUGUUUCCCAAAACGGGUGCCUUUGUCAUGGAGAACCCAGUUUUCCCGCUCUCCCUCAACAUUGCAAUCAAGGAUGACACAGGCUUUGGCUCUAUUGAGGCCGAGGGUGAGAUGAAGGUGAAACUCGAGAGUUUGGAGCGAUGUGGAUUCCGGCUUGAGACAGGUCCAAACGGUGCAACUGUCCUCAAGUUUCAAUAUUCUGUCCAAAUCUGCUGGCAAGGGCCGAUGACGUUGGUUGUCUUGACCGUGCCACACACGGGGCAAAUGGACAACCCCAACAGAAACCGAGACCUGGACUUGGUGGUUUCGCUGCCGCAUAGUCGCCGAUCUAUCUUGUCCAACGGUCCCCCCAAAAAAUGUGCGAGUGAAUCUUUACCGACGAACCAGCUGGUGCUGUUUGAGGUCAUUGCCUGA